AAAUGCAUAUAUAGGUUAUGCAAACAUAAACAGAAUUCGGCGUAUGUUUGCAAAUGUAUUUUAUAAUGCAUUUUCUGUGAACUUUCAAAGAAAAUAAUGAAAGAAGUGGACUUCGAAACAAUAAUUUUUAUUUCUAUGUAUUAAAUUUUGACUGUUGUUCCUCUCGAGUGUGACACUAAAAGAAUGAGCAGCGAGACUCAAAUCACGAAUAUCGUGAACGAUAUUUUGAAAGUAGAAGCCAUUGAAGAGGCAUUUAGUUGCGUGCUUGUGCAUCAUCCAAACAGCGAGAAUGAGAAAAUGUCAGCAUGGCAGACCGAGUUAUCGGCUGCUAUGUCAAAUUUGUCCAAAGAACAGCAAGAAAAUGCUGUACGACAAUUUUUAUCAAUGGCAGCGGCUAUGACUAAUCAUAGGCGGUUACAAUUGUUAUUGUCGUUGCUUGAACAUUUAGUUACUUCUAACGUCUUGCCAGCAAGACUCGUAUGCGAAUGUAUUCUAAGUUGCGACAAAUUACAAUAUCAGUUAGAAGAUUUUUGGGUCGAAUGUUUUGUUCUUAUUCGACAUAUUAUCGGAGGAGUCGAUUAUAAGGGUGUUCGAGAAAUAAUGAAAGGAUGUAAAGAAAAAGCACAAACUAUACCUGCUAGGUUAAAUGCUUCCGUGCAGCCACAAUUAAAAGCGUUGGAAAAUGUAAUCGAGUACAUUUUCGAUAGGAAUGCUUGUUUAUUACCCGGCUAUUUCAUUGUGAAUGAAAUUCAGAAGGCCUACCCUGGUGGUAAAAACUGGCCACAUUGGAAACUAGCGAAACUGCUUUCAAACUUUGUCGAGAGUUUCCGCAAUACUGCGCAAAUGGUGUCUAUAGUAGGGCAUUCGAAAAUGUUACCAGUCGUAGAACAUACUGGGUAUGCAGAUUUGAUUAAUCCUUGGGUACUCGACACAACAACAUUGAAGUUUUCUUUAAAAGGAAAUUUGCCCUAUGACGAGAAAUUACUUAAACCUCAAACUGGGCUGCUUAGAUAUGUUUUAGAACAACCCUAUAGUAGGGAUAUGGUGUGCUCGAUGCUUGGUCUACAAAAACAGCAAAAACAACGAUGUAUAGCUUUAGAGGAGCAAUUAGUCGAGCUUGUAAUUCUGGCUAUGGAACGUGCAGAAAACGAAACUCUGCCAGCGGAAGGAACAGAUGGAACUGUUGCCAAUCACUACGUAUGGUUGCACCUAUCGUCGCAGCUUAUUUAUUUUGUACUCUUUUCGUACGCUUGUUUUCCAAGUAUUGUAAUGGCAAUACACGAUAAAUUAGCAGGCAGAGACUUAAGGAAAGGGAGAGAUCACUUGAUGUGGGUCUUAUUACAAUUUAUUUCUGGAAGUAUUCAAAGAAACCCGCUAUCGAAUUUCUUGCCAGUAUUAAAAUUAUACGAUCUUCUUUAUCCAGAGAAGGAACCUUUACCUGUUCCGGAUUAUACUCAAGCGUUAUGCACUCAUCAAAUGGCUAUCACGUGUAUAUGGAUACAUUUGUUGAAAAAAGCUCAAUCUGAGCAUUCGAAUAUCCAUAGGCCGAUACCUCACACUUUGAAACUUCAUCAUGAAUUUUUGCAACAUUUAGUAAUGCCCAAUACUUCUCUUUGUAUGGGUUCCGACUAUCGCAUUGCUUUAUUAUGUAAUGCGUAUUCGACGAAUCAGGAAUAUUUUGGUAGACCGAUGGCAGCUUUGGUCGAUACCAUUCUUGGUACGCAAAAGGGCCAGCAGCAACAACCGAUGCAGACUUUACAAAAUAAUGCAGCCCUUGCCAGUGGCCCGACAACACCUUUGUCCAUGUCGAUUCUGGAUUCGUUAACAGUCCAUUCGAAAAUGAGUUUAAUACACAGUAUUGUUACCCACGUUAUCAAGCUGGCGCAAUCCAAAAGCAACAUGGCAUUGGCACCUGCGUUAGUAGAAACAUAUAGCAGACUACUGGUGUACACUGAGAUCGAAAGUCUCGGUAUCAAAGGUUUCAUCAGCCAGUUGCUUCCAACGGUUUUCAAGUCUCAUGCAUGGGGAACAUUGUACACGCUCUUGGAAAUGUUCAGUUACAGAAUGCACCAUAUACAACCACAUUACAGAGUUCAGCUUUUGUCGCAUCUGCACAGCCUCGCGGCCGUGCCACAAACUAAUCAAACACAGCUUCAUCUGUGCGUUGAAAGUACGGCACUUCGCCUAAUCACUGGCUUAGGGUCAGCCGAAGUUCAGCCACAGUUAUCAAGAUUUUUAUCAGAACCGAAGACUCUUGUAUCCGCAGAAUCUGAAGAGUUAAACAGAGCUUUGGUGUUAACAUUGGCACGAUCCAUGCACGUGACAGGAACAGGAUCGGAUAGUCACAGCGGUACAUGGUGCAAGGAAUUGUUGAACACGAUAAUGCAAAAUACACCGCACUCGUGGGCGAACCAUACUCUUCAAUGUUUCCCCCCUGUGCUGAGUGAAUUUUUCCAACAAAACAGCGUACCAAAAGAAAACAAGCAACAAAUAAAGAAGGCAGUGGAGGAGGAAUAUCGAAAUUGGGCUUCCAUGAGCAACGAAAACGACAUAAUAGCACAUUUUUCUGUACCUGGAACACCGCCCCUUUUUCUAUGCCUAUUAUGGAAAAUGAUUUUUGAAACUGAUCGUAUCAGUCCAAUCGCGUACAAAAUUUUAGAGAGAAUCGGAGCACGAGCGCUGUCUGCUCAUCUUCGAAAGUUCUGUGAUUAUCUUGUGUUUGAGUUUGCUAACAGCGUGGGUGGACAGCACGUGAACAAAUGCGUAGACACGAUUAACGAUAUGAUAUGGAAAUACAACAUAGUGACCAUCGACAGGCUGAUCCUUUGUUUAGUACUGAGAACCCACGAAGGUAGCGAGGCUCAAGUGUGUUUCUUUAUCAUUCAGUUACUUUUGCUCAAAGCAAUCGAGUUUAGAAACAGGGUCCAAGAGUUUGUUAAAGAGAACUCACCCGAGCAUUGGAAACAAUCGAAUUGGCACGAAAAGCAUCUCGCGUUUCAUAGGAAAUUCCCUGAGAAGUUUGCCCCAGAAGGUAUUAUGGAGCAAACUAGCGGAGGACCCAGUCAAUAUCAAAGUUUACCGGUUUACUUUGGAAACGUUUGCCUACGAUUCUUACCAGUUUUUGACAUUGUUGUACAUAGGUAUUUAGAAAUUCCAGCGGUGUCAAAAAGUUUAGAAACAUUGCUAGAACAUUUAGGAUGUUUAUACAAAUUUCAUGAUCGACCUGUAACGUAUCUUUACAAUACAUUGCAUUACUAUGAACGUAUGUUGAGGGACAGGCCGCCUCUAAAACGACGCUUAGUGUCUGCCGUUUUAGGUUCACUGAGAGAAAUCAGAGCGCCUGGAUGGGCACUUUCGGAAGCUUAUCAAAUGUAUAUGACCCGGUCAUCCGACGAUGUUGUUACGUGGAUGCCAGAAUUGGAUUAUUACAUUCGUUUGGUACAGAGAAUCGUAGAAACAAUGUCUGGUACUGCUCAUUUUCCUGCCACCGAUUGGAGGUUCAAUGAAUUUCCAAAUCCUGCUGCACAUGCACUGUAUGUUACAUGCGUUGAACUUAUGGCUGUUCCUGUUGCUCCUAAUUUGGUUGCUAACUCGCUGUUGGAUGUGGUUGCAAAAGGGUAUACGGUGAUACCAUCAGAUGAAAUUCAUUUAUGGAUAAAUUGCGUGGGCCUACUACUAGCCGCUUUACCAGAAUGUUACUGGUCUGCGCUCCACGAUAGGCUAGUAGAAACUAUCAGCAGUCCAGGAUUAGCCAAUUGGCAGUACAGUAAUUUAACUCCAUUUCAAAUGUUCAAUUUCAAUAAUACCCAUAAUAGUCUGCUGGAAAACAAGUAUAGUUACAUGUUGGCAUUGGCGCAUUCUGUAUGGCACCACGCUGGUGUUGGACAAAUAACUACUAUGCCUCAGUUUAUCAAAGAGAAACUUCAACCGGUUGUGAACAGCGAAGAACAAUUAAUAUAUGCUUCUCAUUUAAUCGGACCCACUUUGGCAAGAUUCAAUGCUGAACGACCACAUUGUGUCGUAGAAUUAGCAGUCUCGUUAUACGAAAUGCUUGAGCACGUAGACCGUCUUCAGACCCAUUUGAAGUACAUGGAUCCAGUUUGUGAUUUAUUGUAUCACAUAAAAUAUAUGUUUGUCGGUGAUAUGAUGAAAAAUGAAGUCGAAUGUAUUAUACGAAGAUUAAGACCGGCUUUGCAAAUGAGACUACGGUUUAUUGCACACAUAAACAUAGACGAAAUUCAGUCUUCCUGAGAUAUUCCUAGUACAAGUAACGCUGAAGUGAAUACAUGCUAACAUUAGCAGUCUCGACUGUAUACACGUUGUCUUCUUAAUAAUUCAAUAUUAUCUUUGCAUAGACAAUGCGUUAUAAGUAUACUUAAACCAUUAUCUGAAUUUAGAACAGACAAUAUACAAGAACGCAUUUUCAGCGAUUUUUACAAAGCAAAUAAGCAAUGCACAUCAACAGAAUGUAAAAGUAUCGCAUAUAUAACAAAAUUUAAGUUGCUUUGUCAAAAUGGUACAUUUAUGACGCUUAUAGCUAUAUACACUUUUACAGGAAAGAGAUACAACAACAGACUGAUGUAUUAAACAGGUUUAUAAAUGUAUAUUAUCACGGUAAAAGACAUAAGUUACAAAACUUGAUGUUUUAUACGUAUUUAUAAAUUAAUCAUUCCUAUUUAUAAGCAAAUACUGUUCAACAUGUUUUGAGAUUAGUCGUAAAUUUUACUAUAUGAUUACUGUAAGUAUAGUGUAUGUAGGUCUUUAAAAA